GUCAUCGGCGGAGCGACGGCCGGAGGCGGUGGCGUCGGCCCCGGCGGGGCGUUUGGUUUCGGUUUGGCCCUGACUGGAAUUGGUAUUGACGGUCGAAAUGGGAGUCCCCAAGUUUUACCGAUGGAUCUCGGAGCGGUAUCCCUGCCUCAGCGAAGUGGUGAAAGAGCAUCAGAUUCCUGAAUUCGACAACUUGUACCUGGAUAUGAAUGGAAUUAUACAUCAGUGCUCCCAUCCUAAUGAUGAUGAUGUUCACUUCAGGAUUUCAGAUGAUAAAAUCUUUACUGAUAUUUUUCACUACUUAGAGGUUUUGUUUCGCAUUAUUAAACCUAGAAAAGUGUUCUUUAUGGCUGUUGAUGGUGUGGCUCCUCGAGCAAAAAUGAACCAGCAGCGUGGGAGGCGUUUUAGGUCAGCAAAGGAGGCAGAAGACAAAAUCAAAAAGGCAAUAGAAAAGGGAGAAACUCUUCCUACGGAGGCCAGAUUUGAUUCCAACUGUAUUACACCAGGGACCGAAUUCAUGGCCAGGUUACAUGAACAUUUGAAGUAUUUUGUAAAUAUGAAGAUUUCCACAGACAAGUCCUGGCAAGGAGUCACUAUCUACUUCUCAGGCCAUGAGACUCCCGGAGAAGGAGAGCACAAAAUCAUGGAAUUUAUCAGAUCCGAGAAAGCAAAGCCAGAUCAUGAUCCAAAUACCAGACACUGUCUUUAUGGUUUAGAUGCCGACUUGAUUAUGCUUGGAUUAACAAGUCACGAGGCUCAUUUCUCUCUUUUAAGAGAAGAGGUUCGGUUUGGUGGCAAAAAAACACAAAGGGUAUGUGCACCAGAAGAAACCACAUUUCACCUCCUACACUUGUCUUUAAUGAGAGAGUAUAUCGAUUAUGAGUUUUCAGUGUUAAAAGACAAGAUUGCAUUUAAAUAUGAUAUUGAAAGGAUAAUAGAUGAUUGGAUUUUGAUGGGAUUUCUUGUUGGCAAUGACUUUAUUCCUCAUCUACCUCAUUUACACAUCAAUCAUGACGCACUGCCUCUUCUUUACGGAACAUACGUCCACAUCCUGCCAGAGCUCGGGGGUUAUAUCAAUGAAAGUGGGCACCUCAACUUACCUCGAUUUGAGAAAUAUCUUGUCAAAUUAUCAGAUUUUGAUCGUGAGCACUUCAGUGAAGUUUUUGUGGACCUAAAGUGGUUUGAAAGCAAAGUUGGUAACAAGUACCUCAAUGAAGCAGCAGGUGUUGCAGCAGAAGAAGCCAAGAACUACAAGGAAAAGAAAAAAUCAAAGGGCCAGGAAAACGUCUGUUGGGCUGCUUUGGACAAAAAUGAAUCUGAUACGGCAACGUCUAAGGAUAAUUUGGAAGACGAAACUGAAGAUGAUGACCUGUUCGAAACUGAGUUUAGACAAUAUAAAAGGACAUAUUACAUGACGAAGAUGGGGGUUGAUGUAGUGUCUGAUGACUUUCUAGCUGAUCAAGCUGCAUGUUAUGUUCAGGCAAUACAGUGGAUUUUGCAUUAUUACUAUCACGGAGUUCAGUCUUGGAGCUGGUACUACCCUUAUCAUUAUGCACCUUUUCUAUCUGAUAUACGGAACAUAAGUACACUUAAAAUCCAUUUUGAACUAGGAAAACCUUUUAAGCCAUUUGAGCAGCUUCUUGCUGUACUUCCAGCAGCUAGCAAAAAUUUACUUCCUACAUGUUACCAGCAUUUGAUGACCAGUGAAGACUCGCCAAUUAUAGAAUACUAUCCACCUGAUUUUAAAACUGACCUAAAUGGGAAACAACAGGAAUGGGAAGCUGUGGUAUUAAUACCUUUUAUUGAUGAGAAGCGAUUGUUGGAAGCCAUGGAGUCAUGUAACCACUCCCUCAAAAAGGAAGAAAGGAAAAGAAACCAACAUAGUGAGUGCCUAAUGUGCUGGUAUGAUAGAGACACAGAGUUCAUCUACCCUUCUCCGUGGCCAGAAAAAUUCCCCCCCAUACAACGAUGUUGCACAAGGUACAAAAUAAUAUCUUUAGAUGCUUGGCGUGUAGACAUAAGCAAGAACAAAAUAACCAGGGUUGACCAGAAGGCAUUGUAUUUCUGUGGAUUUCCCACUCUGAAACACAUCAAACACAAAUUUUUUUUGAAGAAAAGUGGGGUACAAGUAUUCCAGCAAAGCAGUCGUGGAGAAAACAUGAUGUUGGAAAUCUUAUCAAAUGCAGACUCAGACGAACUUAGUAUAGAAAAUGUAGCUUCAUCAGUGCUUGGAAAGUCUGUCUUUGUUAAUUGGCCUCACCUUGAAGAAGCUAGAGUUGUAGCUGUAUCAGAUGGAGAAACUAAGUUUUACGUGGAAGAACCUCCAGGAACACAGAGGCUUUAUUUGGGAAGAACUUCCCCGCCAUCUAAAGUGAUCCAUCUUGGAGAUAAAGAACAAUCUAACUGGACAAAAGAAGUACAAGGAAUUUCAGAACAUUACCUGAGAAGAAAAGGAAUAAUAAUAAAUGAAACCUCUGCAGUUAUAUACGCUCAGUUACUCACAGGUCGUAAAUAUCAAAUAAAUCAAAACGGUGAAGUUCGACUAGAGAAACAGUGGUCAAAACAAGUUCUUCCUUUUGUUUAUCAAACUAUUGUUAAAGACAUCCGAGCUUUCGACUCCCGUUUCUCCAAUAUCAAAACAUUGGAUGACUUGUUUCCGCCUAGAAGUGUGGUCUUUAUGCUGGGAACCCCCUACUAUGGCUGCACUGGAGAAGUUCAAGAUUCACGCGAUGUGAUUACAGAAGGUAGGAUUCGUGUGGUUUUCAGCAUUCCGUGUGAGCCCAAUCUUGAUGCUUUAAUUCAGAACCAGCAUAAAUAUUCUGUAAAGUACAACCCAGGAUAUGUGUUGGCCAGUCGCCUUGGAGUGAGUGGAUACCUUGUUUCAAGGUUUACAGGAAGUAUUUUUAUUGGAAGAGGAUCUAGGAGAAACCCUCAUGGAGACCAUAAAGCAAAUGUGGGUUUGAAUCUCAAAUUCAACAAGAAAAAUGAGGAGGUACCUGGAUAUACCAAGAAAGUCGGAAGUGAGUGGAUGUAUUCAUCUGCAGCAGAGCAGCUUCUUGCGGAGUACUUAGAGAGAGCUCCAGAACUAUUUAGUUAUAUAGCCAAAAAUAGCCAAGAGGAUGUGUUCUAUGAAGAUGACAUUUGGCCAGGAGAAAAUGAGAAUGGUGCUGAGAAAGUUCAAGAAAUUAUUACUUGGCUCAAGGGACAUCCUGUCAGUACUUUGUCUCGUUCUUCUUGUGAUUUACAAAUUCUGGAUGCAGCUAUUGUGGAGAAAAUCGAGGAGGAAGUCGAAAAGUGCAAGCAAAGGAAGAACAAUAAGAAGGUACGAGUGACAGUGAAGCCCCAUUUGCUGUACAGACUUUCUUCUCUUCAGCCUUUAGAACAGCAACACGGAGUCAUUCCCGAUCGGGAUGCAGAAUUUCGUCUCUUUGACCGUGUUGUCAACGUGAGAGAGAACUUUUCAGUUCCCGUCGGCCUUCGAGGCACCAUCAUAGGAAUUAAAGGGGCUAAUAGAGAGGCUGAUGUACUAUUUGAAGUAUUAUUUGAUGAAGAAUUUCCUGGAGGUUUAACAAUAAGAUGCUUACCUGGUAGAGGUUAUCGACUGCCAACAAGUGCCUUAGUGAACCUUUCUCACGGGAGCCGCUCCGAAACUGGAAAUCAGAAGUUGACAGCCAUAGUGAAACCACAACCAGCUGUGAAUCACUACAGCUCAAAUUACUCAGUUUCAUCCGGGCAUUUGGGAGGCCUCAACCAUUCCCCUCAAUCGCUUUUUGUUCCUACUCAAGUACCUACUAAAGAAGAUGAUGAAUUUUGCAACAUUUGGCAGUCCUUACAAGAAUCUGGAAAGUCUCAACACUUUCAGCCAGCUAUUCAAGAGAAGGGUGCAGUUCUACCUCAAGAAAUAAGUCAAGUAACUCAACUUCAUAAAUCUGGCAUUAAUGACAGCGGUAUACAAGGUCAGCAAAGAAAACAUGACCCUCACAGAAAAUUUAAAGAAGAAUGUAAGAAUCCUAAAAAUGAGUGUCGAUCACAAAAAAUGUCAAAUAAGCAGACUUUUGGAGGGCCUGCCAAAUAUAAUAUUAAGCUAUUAAAGAAAAAUGAAAGUCCAGAAGUCUUAGAAACCCACAAAGUUGUGACUGGUUAUCCAAAUCCUAUUGAUAAGCCCAGCCCUGGAAUCGAGAACUUUUUAGCAUCCUUGAAUAUCUCCAAAGAAAAGGAAGUACAGUCACCUCACCACAAAGAGUCUCCAAGUGAAGAACACUUGUCACCACAGUCGUUUGCCAUGAAGGGAACACGGAUGCUUAAAGAAAUGCUAAAAAUUGAUGGCUCUGACACUGUGGACCAUAAGAAUGAAAUGAAACAGUUUGGUAAUGAAGUCAGUGUUUCUUCUAAUAGAAGAGAGGAAUAUGGAUAUUCCUCACAGCCUAAGCAAAAUAAGAAAUUAGCAUCUUACAUGAACAAGUCUCACAGUGCUAAUGAGUACCAUAACGUUCAGUCUAUGGACAAUAUGUGUUGGCCCACCCCCAGCCAGAUGCCUCCUGUGUCCACACCAGUAACUGAACUUUCUCGAAUUUGUUCACUUGUUGGAAUGCCACAACCAGAUUUCUCCUUUCUUAGAACACCACAGACAAUGACAGUUUGCCAGGUAAAAUUAUCUAAUGGUUUACUGGUACAUGGACCACAGUGUCACUCUGAAAAUGAAGCCAAGGAGAAGGCUGCAUUUUUUGCUUUACAACAGUUGAGCUCGAUAGGAGUGAAUCUCUCUGUGCCUCCACCAAUGUUUCCAAAUUAUCCUGCUGCUGUACCACCUGGAACCAUUCCUCCAGUUUUUCCUCAACCUACUGGCUGGGAUCAUUAUGGAAGCAACUUAGCACUGGGGGCAGCCAAUAUGAUGCCUUCGUCAUCUCAUCUCUUUGCCUCGAUGCCAUGGGCACCACCAGCGACAGUACCUGGAAAGACUUUCCAUCGAGCUUCCUAUCCCGGGACCAUGCCCGUGGCUGGGGGAGUGCCAGGUGGUGUACACAAUCAGUUCAUACCUCUGCAGGUUACUAAAAAAAGAGUUGCAAAUAAAAAGAACUUUGAGAGUAAAGAGGCCCAGAGUUCUUCUCAAGCUGCCCCACUUCAGACAAGCCAGCCAGGGUCUUCUGACGUCACCAAAGUGAUUCCACAGGAGGGUUCAUCAGCUUCUGUAAAGUCUCCUCAGAUUCCUCAACCUGCAACUUCUGUUCAAGUUGAAGCUGUCUCCCAAGGCCACAGUCUGUCUCAUCAUAAGGCAACACCAAGUUCUUCAAGAAGAAAGCCAAGAAAACUUGCAGUGAAUUUUGGUGUUUCUAAACCUUCUGAAUAAAUUUGGUAUUGGAAUUAAAUUAAUUUCUUCCCUUUCCCUUUUAUGAGGCAUAGUCCAUAUAUCUGUGUCUCAUAAAAGUAGAAUGUACUAUUUUAAGAUAUGUUUGAGUUGAAAAUUUUUAAUAUUUUAGUUGUCAGGCACUUUUCAUGCUGUUUAAAAGACUAUAUACCAAAUUAUACACUUUAAAUAUGUGCAAUUUGUUGUAUGUCAGUUAUACCUCAACAAAGCUGUUUAAAAAACAAAAAAGACUAAAUUAAAACCUUGUGCUAAAAUAGUAUCAGUGGACUAAGCAUCAAAAUGUACCACUCUAACCAUUGGCUUCCUCAUUAGAAACAUCUUAAACUACGAAUUAGACAUCAUCGUAGCAAUAAUAAAAAACUUUUUUUUAUGCUGUCAUUGAGGGAUAAUUAAAUGAAGCAUGAGAAUUGGGCCUCAAAUAUUAUUUACUGAAUGUGGACUUUGUUUCACUUUUUAAUGAUGUAACAAAUUUUCAAAAGAGUGGCUCUUAUUUAUAUGUGUUUUAAUUUAUGUCUUGUCAUCUCCGAAGGUCCUUUAGACCUGCUGUGAAAUGAUCACGCAUGUGAGGUGCUGCCAGUUUUGCUUUAUUCUCAAUUUUGUACCAAAGCAACUUUAGAAUACUGACGAGAAUAUUUCAUCUAACUGCUUGGAACUAUAAAUGGCAAUCUAGGUUUGAGUAAGUCAUUACGAUUUUUUAGAUUAUUGAAGAACCAGCAUUAGUAAUUUCUAAUGAGAUUAAGUUUCAAAAUAUACAGGGUACAAUGAUCACAAAUUAAUCUUCUAAUAAAAUUAAGUACAAAAUAUCAAUCAUGUUGUUAAUUAAAACAAAUUGUAUGUCUCUCUUGUAUAGCUUUUUAUCUGCUUGCUUAACAUACAAGAGCCCCAUUUUUGGUCCAUGUGUAGUGCUUCCUGGAUCGAUGAAAUUAUUAAUGUUUUUUAAAUUCCAAAGUGUGCUAUAAAACAGGCGCAGUCAUUAGUUACUGAUGGACAUGGUUUACGUGACAAAUGCCUGUCUUAUUCUAGUUCCGUAUUUUUAGCUUUAUGCUGGACCGUUCGGUGACUCUGGCAUUUUGUCUUUGCAUGUCAUGUGUGGAUGUGUGUUGUUUAAGCUGUGGCUGUUGAAAUUAUUUUAAAAUUUAUGAAAAUUUCCCGGUAGUACCAGGACCUGAGGUUUUGAUUUUAUAUGUAUAUAUAUUUACCUUUUAGUUUUUGUGAUAUGCUUAUAUUUUUAAGGAAGUUAUCAUACUUUUUUAAAAGUAAGAAUCACAAUCUUUCUAUGGAGCUGCUUUAUUAUUACACUCGAUUUCAUUUAGCUCUUUGAAGACUUUAUCAUGAGUCUUAAAGUACUCUAUUUGUUUUUUUUUUUAAAAAAAUGCUGGUAUUGAACUAAAUGGAUUCAUUUCUUUAACUGCUGAUUUCAAGGUUUCUCUGAAUAUUAGCAGGAUAAUUGUAUAUUAGUAGUGCCUUUAGUAUAAGGAGAUAAAUAUUCAUUAGCUGUCACUUGUUAUAGUCAUGUGAGCUCCUGUGAUUUGAUUUUCUGUUAAUUUCUUAGGUUCAGAUGUUUACUGGUUCCCAGCAUUUCCUUGUUGGCAAUGUUUAUCCGUAGUGAGACUCUGAUAAUGAGGCUGAAAAAAAUCUCAGUGUUUGUCCUUCCUGCCUCACAAGCUCCCUUCUGAGCACCCACAUUCAAACUUGGAAAUUACCAUACGUCAUUCUGGGCGGUCAGAUGUACAGCUUUACUCUGUUUGUUUUAAAAGGAAAUGGAUGUAUCUAUUAUGGGACUAUAAGCAAAAAGUUAAAUUGUAACAAUAAUGUUGUGUGAACCUCUUAUUACAUUUAAAGUAUAUAAUCUUCUUCCCCUCACGUAACCGUACAGACUCCAACAUUCAGUUGCCUCAGUCAUUACUCCUGUGAAACUGUGAAGGCUGAGCAGCCCGCGUCUGUUUUAGGGCACAGAGAGAGGGGCACGAGUUAUCUUCUGAGAACUCCAAGAAAAAUGUCAGUAAGCACAGUGCCACUGAGCCUGUGAGAAUACUUCCCCAUGUUCUAGCAAAGCAAGCUGAUGAUGCUAUAUGGAUAGGCAGUGAAAGUGUUUUCUUUUCAUUCUUUUUGUAGACAUAUUAUUCUAAAGGUUAAGAUGGAAAAGAGAUUGAAAUGGGAGCAAGCUCCAUAGCGUCUGGAUAGUGGUCAGGCAGUCUUCUAGAUUGUUUUCCUCAUAGACCUGAGAUUAAUGAGAGAUGUGUCCUCCCCAUGAAGGACAUAAGGCAGAGCCAUUCUUUCCUCAUGAUGACCUUGAGGAGAUUGGAUCCAUUCUUUGGGAAACUUACUGCUUUUCCCUUUUGGAUGAAGCAGACUCAGACCACCCCCAAAGGUUAGAAGUAUGUCUGUUCACCCAUUGGCUCUGCUGUGGACUUUGUGAGAACUGUGGACCGUAUAGAGUACAGAGGAGCAGAUUCUCCGUAUUUCUUCAUGAUUCUACAUAACUGAAGCAGUUAAAUCUAUUUAAACCUUCCCCUCUUUACUGAAACAUUAUUUGUAAAUAUUCUUCUUCAAUAAAUCUUUUUUUUUUUUUUUUUAAGCAAAUUAAGUGAACUUUGAAGAUUGAUCUUUCCAAUCUCACUCCCCCCCCGCCCCAUACACAGUUUCCUGCAUUACCUGGUCUUAAGAGUUUUAUAAUCUGACAGAAUGUAUUGCUUGCUUUAAACAUCUGGGACUGUGAAAAAUUAAAUUUACCUCUUGUGAAUCUUGGUUUCAGUUUAAGAGUUUCCUUGCUUUUUCAAAGGGACAAGUAGUGAAGAUUGGAGGGUUUUUUGUUUUUGCCUCUUGGUGGUGGAACGAUGGGAGUAGGGUAACAAAGAACUAUUGAUGCAGGGUUUUUGUUAUAUUUCCUUUUUUAUGAUCAGUUAUUUGCUUUGGUUUUAGACUGAGACUUCAAGAAUAUUCUAGAUUCUUUGUUUCAAGGGGAGGGAGCAGCGACAAGGGGUUGAAAGAAGGAAAACAGUUAAAUAAGACAAAUCCAGUCACUACAUUUUCAGACUAAUGCAUCCUUCUAGAUCAAAGAAAUGAUAAGUUGCAGGGUUUUUUUUUAUUCACUCACUCUUUAAUCAUCAUUCUAUUUGUAUUAAUAAAGCAAACAUUUUUAUAGUGAUUAAUUUUUACCUUAUUAUAUGAGAUAGCUAAAACUGUCCAGAUCUCCACAGAAAUUAGUUCUAACAUGCUUCUUGUCAUUCAGAACAUCAUUUUCUUAAACAACUGUUGUGUGAUUUCCUAGCAUUUUGAGCUUGCUGUAUUUCUUAGUACCAUCUUGUGUCUAAAUUCUCUUUACUGUAGAGGGGAAUUCAUUUAUUGGAAGGAAGUAUCUGUGAAAGACAUCGUCUGCCUAAAAGGAAAUGAAUCACAGAUGUUUACUUGGCAUUUUUCUAGAGACAGCAGUAGUACUCAAACUGGCAGUGUUCUUUAUUCUGUAAGGUUUGUCGGUGAUACAAUCUUGUUUACAGGAGCUUCCUUUCCUAGUCAGGAUAAAGCUUCAUGUUUGAGAAAUGAAUAUUUUCAGACUGACCUGAUUCAUAUUUCCAUAAGACCUCUCUGUCUUUUGCGGGUUAGCAAGAAGACAGAGGGGAAACUGAUGUCAGCAGGUCUCCAUCAACAGGGCAGAGCAAACAGGCCAGCUGUAAGCUUCACUGUUAACUUACUGAGUUAACAGCUCAGAUAUCACAGGCCAUUCUCUCAGAGAGAGAAGAAAAAAUGGAUAAAAUAGUUCUAGUAGUUAGGAGCAUUAACAAUCCAUAGCUGCUUGUGGUGUGUGUGUGUGUUUGUGUGUGUGUACCACUACUAAUGCCUUGCUCCAUCAAUGCAUUCGGACAUCUCAAGUGCAAUUUGUGAAGGAGACCGUGGUUUCCAAUAGAUACGUUUGUACAUCGUUAAACCUGUCAAAGUUCGUUUUUUUCCAGCGGUACACCCAUUGCUCUUGAUUAUUUCCACAAUUGGUAUACUAUUAAAUUGCCCAGGCCAAGUAAUUAAGUCUCUGUAGAUGUUUGCAUAAUUUGAAGCCCAGUUCUCAUACUCUUUCUCAUGAAAUAAUAGUGAGAAUUUGGUCCCACAGUUUCCUUUAAGGUCUUUUAGUCUUUUCUUAGUCCUUCCGCCCCGGUAUCUUACUUUUUUUUCACCUAGCACCCAAUUGCUUUUGAGUAUUUUCAUCUAUUUUGACAUGUAAUAAUAGUGUGCUGUGUUGUCAAAGUGUCCAUUUAAUUCAUACAUAUGUAUAUGUGUGUGUGUAUAUAUAUGAUUCAUUUCUUUUCUCACAUAUAACUAUUUUAUAAGUAACUGGAAUUUUUCAUUAGAUCUUAUACAGAGCAGUAUUUUAUUAAAAAUUCAAAAGGGAAGACUUUUUUGUGCUCAUUUUGUAGUUUUUGUUUUUACAAUAUCUUUACAUUGUUCUGCCAGGUAAAGUGUUUUAAACAUGCAUUGGAAUGGACUCCGAAUGUAUUUUUGUGUUGUUAAGUUGUACAUUUGUAGAUUUCUAGCAUGAAGUUAUCCCCAAAAUACUGUGCAAAAGGAUUUUAAAAUAUAAGAGUCACUGAAAGAGUUUAAACAUCUAUACAUGUUAAAUGCUAUAUGGAUUUUAAUUAAAGACUUGAGAAUGAUUUCAUAAGCUGUUUGUUCUUGUAUGUUUGCAGUAAUGUCCAAAGUUGGAACCAUUACAGUAUCACUCAUACCCCGUAUCCUUUUAUAUUUGUAUCUUAAUUCUACUGAGACAACGUAGCUGCUGGAAAAAGCACGAAUUGUAAAUUCAGAUGACCACUGUUCAGAUCCUAGUUCUAUCUCUUACUAUUUGUAAAUGAGUCAUUAUCGUAUCAGUGUUGGAAGUUAUAUAAAGUCUAAGCCUCAGUUUCUUCAUCUCCUAAAAGAGGAAAACAAUACCCUUGUGUUGUUCAUGUAUAUGCAAAGCACCAGAUACAUAAAACCAGAAAAAAAAAAAAAAAAACCCAUUGCCACC